AAGACAUGUUUCUUUAGUGUUUGAUAGAAAUCAAGUCCGAUGAUCUCACUAACUUUUACAUAGGAUGCAUUGCCCAAAAUUCAGGUGCUGAUAAGUCAACCUUGCUAACUCUGUAAAUUCGCGUAUCAUCCUAAAAUAUUGCAGCAAGACAGUGGUUAAAAAUAAUAGAGCGCCGUCUUGUGUGUAAAAUAAAAACGAAUGUGAUAAUUUAUUGACCUUCAUAAGAACAGUACAUUUAACUUUAUCCUGAAACAUACGAUUGCACUAAAAAAAAAAAAAAAACAAGAUCGAAAACAAUGAGUUGACAUCGAAACAUGUUACGAAGGUUAGUUUUACCUUUGAAGUUUAGAAGUUCACAGUAAUGUAUUGAAAGACUGCGAGUUCAAUAGAAAGGAAAUAUUCGCCUUUCGAAAAAUCAGUCAAAUGUUCCAUGAUGUAUGAUUUUAAAGUACAUUUUAGAGCUUAAUUUACAGGUAAACAAUUUUGAACAUUGGCACGAUAUAACGAGUAGUAGUCCGAAUAAAUAAUGUCAAACUAUCAAUCUGAAUUGAAAAUGGACCGUGAAAGAAACGUCAAAAGUCUUUUAGAAGACUUCGCUCCAGGUCCUUUAGAUCAUUAUCGAAAGAAAGCAAAAUUUGAUUGGAAAGAAAUGAAGGUGUUGAUGGAAGGGGAAGAAAUGCUAAAAUUACAGAUGAAGAUAUGGAGAACAUUGGAGAAGGAUCCAUUGUUUCAGCGAUCGCCAACAGAGGAGUUAUCUUCUCAACAGCAUCGGCAUUUAUGUUUUCAAAGGAUGAAACGCCUUAUGGAAUAUCAGUUUUAUACUUAUGAAGAAUUUUUAGCUAACCCUCUUUUAGCUCAAGGUCUCCUUAUUAGUAUUGGAAUGUACGAUUGGUCCCUUUGUACCAAACGAUCAGUUUCUUUUGAGUAUUUUGUUGGAGCUUUAAGAAGUUCUGGUGUUAAAAAACAUUUAGAUCUAAUGAAGGAUCUGGAGAAAUUUGAGAUGAUAGGUUGCUUUGCUUUAACUGAACUCAGUCAUGGAACAAAUACAAGGAAGAUGAGGACCACAUCUACAUAUGACCCUACUACACAAGAAUUUGUGCUGAAUACCCCAGAUCUUGAGGCAACUAAAGUGUGGAUUGGAAGCAUAGGACAAACUGCAACGCAUGCCAUUCUUUAUGCUCAGCUAUAUACUCCUGAUAAGAAAUGCCAUGGAUUGCAUGCAUUUAUUGUACCUAUUCGAGACCCCAAAACAUUGUUGCCUUAUAAAGGAAUAACUGUUGGUGAUAUGGGACCUAAACUGGGCUUGAAUGGUGUUGAUAAUGGAUUUAUUUCCUUCACUAACUACAGAAUACCAAGGGAAAGUUUGCUGAGUAGAACAGGUGAUGUUACUCCUGAUGGUCGCUAUGUGACUCCUUUUAAUGAUCCAAAUAAGCGAUUUGGUGCAUCAAUGGGAACGUUAUCACUUGGAAGAGUGUUUAUCAUCAAUAUGUGUUUAACAAAUCUUCAAAAAUGUUUGCCUAUUUCAAUACGUUAUUCAGCUCUGCGGAAGCAGUUUGGACCUGCUGGAAAGGAAGAAUGGCCAGUUUUGGAAUAUCAACUCCAGGUAAAUUAUUUUCCUUCUAAAUAUACACAGUCCAGUCAUAUUAACGUGACCACCUGUCAAAAGCCAAAAUAA